CGGCAAAAUGCUGAAACCUAACCCAUCUAUCGGAUGUCCGCGCUCAUUCUCAACGCGGACGCCAUGCGGUGCGUAGCACGGAGGUCUGAUCAGAAACGAGAGUUGUUGCCAUUUGCCGAAAAGAGCUGUGCAAAAAAGUGACCCGAUGACGGAUACCGAGCGUCGAUCGGCUGCGGUAUCGAGAAAACAUUGACAGAUCGAAUCGUUGGAGUGAUCGCGACCGCGAUCGCGGUCCUGAUCGAGUAACGCAGUUAUCCAGUGAAUUAUCGAGCGCGUAGCUCGUGUAUCGAAUUUGGAUCGGAUCGAACAGAACGGUUUCCGUGUAUUUGGUGGACGAACGCGAACCAGCAAAUUGUUCGGUUGAUUACUUUGUUUUGUUAGACCAGCAUCGAUUACAGCGCCUGCUUAAAACCCCCACUGCCUCGCGCGACCCGUCUCUACCUCUUUUGUUGGUUCGCGAUCUACCGGAAGAUCAUCAAGCCGGAGCGUUCGUGUUCCGCGCUCGUUACAACAUCGAACAUCAUGCGGAACGCUCCAAGCUCGCUUCGGCUUAAACGAUAUUACUCCGAUCGCGGUCGGUCGAGCAAAUGUCGGACAAACGUUUGUCCGAACCAAGAUGCUGCGGUGAUAGUAAUGUGAAUUUCUGUUAUAAAGAAAAAUUUCGGUUGCGAAAGUUGCCUUGGAUUGACUGUACUCGUGCGUUGCGUAUUCAACAAGUGACCUUAGAUGUACGAACGAAACAACGAAAGAUUCCUAGUGCCUCGAUAAACGAAAUAAACAAACCGAUUUAGAACAAGUGGUAAACCGUGAACGGUGAUCGUUGCUCGUAUCGUAAAUCGUUAAGCUCGUUUGGAUUGUACGCUCCAAGUCGAUCGAGUGCUUUCCAUGUAAAUCGUUUAACUGGUGCUACAGUUUGUUAAACUAUAUUGUGAUAAUACGAUUCCGAGAUCCCGAUCCCAAUUCUGAUUUCAACUCCAUCACGAUAACCCCUUGGAAUUGGAAACAUCGGGUCAAAGACCCGUAGACGAAUGCGAUCGGCGAUCGACGAUCGAACGUUUUCAACUAUGAUUAGUCCCAUUUUUAAAAGAACGCUGCCAGUUUGGAAGCAUUCCGAAGAAGAAUUUUCAAGGAGUCGACGACCGUCGCCUCGUGGAGAAGAAUAGACGGUGACCUCACUUUACUCGCUUUACUUAAGUCGUUGCGACAAUUGGAUGUUGGUUCGGGUCAUCAGCUUGGUCGUUUGGUAGAGAAAGAAGCCGUGGACCAUUGAAAGCAUUGGCAAAUAUCUAUUCUGUAUCCGAAGAAAACAACUGGAAGAAUUAUUGAACGGCGCCAGUUUGGCAGCCACGAGGAUCGAAUAUUCGCUCGUCGAGUGUACGUUGUCAUGCCUGUCGAAUUCGAAAACUUGUUAAAAAGAUUAAGAACUUUUACCCAUGAAACAGUUGGAAUACAACUGUCGAGGUGUGCCCGACGAAAAGGCGUUCGGUUAAAUAAAAAUGUUAAAACAUCGAGCACAACGAUUCUGCGCCUCGAGGUUUCGCUAAAUCGUGAAAUAUAUCAUUGGUCUGGAUUAGCCGAUAUUCUAAUUCGAACGAUUCGAAUAAAUAACAUUGUUGAAACGUCGGAAAAUAUUCUGAGCCAGAUCUAAACGUCAAAUCGAACAGUCUGUGUUGAUAAUAAACUUUGUGUUCGAGGGGAGAUCGCGUUUUAUUUAUAAGUCCAUCAAUUAGACUCGUCCUCGAAAGACAUUAGAGUCGAUAAGCUCUACCGAUCGACUUGGCUAUUCUCACGACAUAAGCUUGCGACAUUGCGAACGCCGAGAUAGAAACCGCUCGGUUAUAUUGUCUAAACGGGAAUAUUGCGUAUUAAAUAUCGAACGAAAAAAUCGGUUCGGUUCUUUUCAUUUGGUUUGGUUGCAACGAUUCGGUUCAAGUAUUCGUUCGGCGAAUGACGGUUACCGGGACGAUUGCUAACGGAACAGCGAAACAGCGAUCACGAUGACGACUAUGGGUGUUACGGUGUUCUGCAACAGAGUACAAAUAAACGGAAACGAACAAGAGCAGUUGAUGCUGCUAAGGACACUGCAAGAUAACGAAAGCAACAUAAUUGGCAAUCAAGCUCACCUGAUCAUUCCAAAAAAUAAUAAUAACGGCAGCAUGAAUUCGACGAGCGUGUUGCCGCCGUACGAUCCGUCCAGAUUGAAGAAACACGGGAAAAAUGGGCAGCCACCACCGGUUGCUGUCGCUCGGAGAAACGCGCGCGAGAGGAAUCGCGUUAAACAGGUGAAUAAUGGAUUCGCGACUUUGAGACAGCACAUUCCCAGUCACAUCGCCGCAGGUUAUGGAGACAGGGGGAAAAAGUUAUCGAAAGUGGAAACGUUGCGUAUGGCCGUCGAGUAUAUCAGAGGACUCCAAAGGUUACUCGCCGAAGCUGACGGGGUUGAAUACGAUUCGAACGUUGCCGUUGCUCGAUGUAUGCCCUCGCCUACCAGCAGUAUCGUUUCUUCGAGUCACAACGGAUCCGGAGAAAGGCUCGUUCUCGAAGACGAUGUCCUCGCCGGCGAAGACGACGACGCCGACCAAUUAGACGAAACGGAAGACAGCGGGAAACAAAAAGCUAGAUCCAGGUUGUCACCGCAUCGAACAGCAGCGGUACCUUCGCCGCGUGACUACUACGCGUCUUCGGUGGGAGACGAAGAGAACCUCGAGCCGAGGACUCUACCAGGGGCGCAGACUUUUUCUCGGCUCUCCCCUAAUUCGGUAGCAUCUCCACCCUCGGAGUAUUAUGGACAGAACGAGGAGAAUCUCGAGCCCCAAAUUCUAUCGCCGUACAGUGGCGCCGGGGACAGUGAAGAGGGUGCAGCCACCGUUUACGCCACGAGUCCGGAAACCUUUUCCGGGGCUCUCUAUUAUAAGCAGGAGAUGACCGAAUCCGGUGAAUUCAUGGACGUUGUCAGCUGGUGGGAACAGGAGCAGGGUAGGAUGGUUCAUCAGCAACACGCUCAGCGCCUGACACACGUCUAACAACAAAAAGGCUCGUAGAAAAGCCAGAAACGAAAGUUAGUGGAGUGAUCUCACAAUCUAAUCUAACGAUAAAACGAUCAAACGAUCAAACGAUCAAACCAAGAGUUUGUUGCAUCGAAAUGAAAUUGAAAGCCGACCACGAGGGUUAGGAAGGAUGUAGUACGUUUAAGCAGCAGGAUAACGAGAAACUGUACUUAUCGCCACAAGUACUUGCUCGUACUUUUCAUCUCUAUUCUAUUUCGUCCAGUGGACGAUGCAUUCGACAGAGAUGGGUCAAAGUAGCUACGUAAAAUUGUCGAGUAGCAAAUGAAAGAUGAACGCCCUUUUUAAUUUUUAUUCGUUACUCGUUGAAUAAAACUAUCAAUUUCCUCGAAUAAAAUUUUAAAAUAUCUACGAAACGAACAUUUUGUAAAUAUUUUAAAAUAACCAAGACGAUUAGUCUCGAUACACACUGUUGCCCAUGUUAUUUAUACCGCGAAACAGAUCGUUUAAAGUCUUGUUGAACGAGUAUAGUUUUAGAGAAAUGUUUAAAUUUCCACGGAAAGAUGUUUCCUUCCAGACUCGGACAUAGUUUAUAUAAACACACCGAUAAUAUAUUAUAAUAUACUUUUCGUAUUCCGACAAUCGUAUUUCUCGUUAAAGUUCGCAUUUAAUGUAACGCUAAUUGUAAGCGAGCAAUAAAUUAACGCAGGGAAGUGAUAAAAUCUCGCGUUCGGACUCGAUAAUAAUCUUUCACUUUCCUUGUAUUAACGAUACACAAAUUAUCGCAAGGUGAUAGGGCAAGAAUCGAAAAAGCUUUUCAUCGGGCAACCAAGUGGAAAAAACGUUUUGUCGAUGAAAAGCAGGAUCGAACGAUGCGUGUGCGUGUAAAAGUGCCUUGACUAAAAUUAAGUCGAACCUUAACAAAGGAUAAAACUAUUUUUUCUACUUGAUAUUUUGUAACGAGUAUUUAUGCGACUCUUUGCUAUUUAUAUUUAGAACGUCGUCCAUUAAAAGCAAGUGUGAUCGUAUGUAAGUCGAUGCACUUUGGAAAAAUAAUUUUUCGUGCCAAGGAAAAACGGAUUAUUCUCGCGAUUGUAUUAUUCGAUUAACUGCAUCUUGAACUUGAUCGGUAUGCAUCACGUUCAAGAUAAAUGGUAUACAUUUAGAUGAAUUACUCAUUCGUUCGGUAUUAGGAGUACAUAACGAGAAACGAAUUACUUAACACAAAAAUGUAUAAUACCGUUAUCGAUUUUACUUGGACAUUCUCGAUCGACUACGCUACAAUUAUUACACCAAAGUAUAUAUAUAGUAUAUACUAUACAAGUUUCUUUUCGUAUACGAUAUAUAUAUUUUACUGCCAUUUCGAUACGAUAGAGAGUACAGAUUAUUUGUAAACUAAAACUUAAGUUAACAACAAUGCAAUUAGUUUGCAACACUCCCGAUUUAAUUGUAGCUUGCGAAGAAACGUUUACGCGAUCAUACAAAGGAGACAGUUGCAUGACGACGAAUUAGUCGAGUAAAUUAUUCGACGUUUACGCAGUACAAUGAGUAACAACUUUGUAAAUACAAGUGCCUUGAUUAAGAGUAGUUUAAGCAUUUUUUACUUGUAUCAACUGUAACACUUUUUACGAAAUAUUUAAAAUACAUUUUAUUAUUUAUACGAU